AUGCAAUCAAAUGAUACAAAUGCAGCUGCUCCUUCAGCUGCAGUAACAGCAAGGAAUCAAUUCUUUGCCUCUUAUAUCAAUGCUAGAUCAAAAGUUUAUCCUGCUGAUGCAUCAGCAGCAGCAUCAUCAACACGCCCAAAGAGAGAUACUACUUCAGCUGCUGCUGCGGCAACCGAGACCGACGCCCAGAUCACUGCCUCUCUAGCCAGCUUCACGGUGUUUGAAAAGGUGGUGGUGCCAGUUGACGGUGGAAAGGGUGAUGGAAAGGGUGGAAAGGGCGGCAAGGCCGGAAAGGAGGGUGGCAAGGGCUCAAAGCCUAGCGCUGGUACAUUAGAUCAUCCUCUUGGCAAAGGACACGCUGGAGAAAAUACUACAAAGCCCAGUAAAGGUGGUGGAGGAAGCAGUGGAGGAAGCAGUGGUGGUGCCCAGACCGACCCCGAACCCGAGCCCGAGCCCUAUGUCAACAUUGUCAAGACCAAUGCCGAGAAGUACUUCUUGGAGAAUGUGCUCUACUUUACCGAUGAUGAUGUGCUAGAGAUGUUUGAACAGACCAAGCCAACACUCAAUGCCAAGAGACUGUCCAUUGUCAACGACGCCAACGAGCAGAAAUGGUACAAAGACUACUCCAACUUGCUGUUCACCAUGAAGGUGGCCAACGGCGAUGAUGGCACUUCAAGGAGGAUUUUAAAGGACAAGGUCGAGGCCGAUCUCCAGGCCAUGUGCGACAGCCAGAUCUACGCCCACCAGACCAUGCUGCUUCAGACGUACGCCUUCAUCGAGAGGUAUCCCAAGAUGGAGGACUACCUCGACCAGGCUGCCAAGUGCGCCACCCUCUAUGUCAACUACUGGAGCGACGAGACACACCUGGCUAGCAUCAUAUCAAGCUUCCAAAGUGACAAAGCCAACGAUGGCCUGGACCCAAGUGUCGCCGUCUACAACAGGAUCACCGACAUCAAGAUCGUCCUGGACAUCCUCGACCCGACCAGUGUGCAGUCCACCAAGCUGAUCAACAGGAUCACUCACACGGCCAUGGCCAGCUACUACGAGCAUAACAUGACCAACAACCAGGGCAGCACCGACAUUAUCAACCUGGUCAUCAAGGACCUGCUCACCAAGCUGGACAAAGACACCAAGAACCAGUUUUAUGAAUUGAUGAAGCACCUGACAACUGGCUUUGGCAGCUUCCCAGGACUGAUCACCGAGAUGCAAGAGGCAACUCGCGCCGUGAUGUACACUGUGAGCAAUGAGAGUCCAAAAUUGGCCGAGACGGCCGCCGCCUAUGCCGAGCGCCUCGGAUCAUCCAUGGUCGCCAAGUUCAAGACCAAGUUGGCGCCAAACUAUAUCAACACGAAUGUAAAGGUAUUCUUCUGCUCAGUCUUCAGAGUAUGCCAGGCGGCCGCAGUGACCUUUGGCUUCCUCAACAAGGACCACCUCAAAGAUGGGGAGAAGCCCGAGCUGAUCGGCGAGACCACCGGCUUGUUAGUUGAUAUGGUCACAAUGUUCAAGAGUGGCAACAAGUUGGUGACAUCGGUGUUUGCUCGUACUGCAGCUUUCGUGGGCUCGAGGCUUGCACCUUUGGCCCCCGCUACAGUGGCACAGAUCGUGCCCAAGUGUCUGGCAGUGGUCUUCACGGCCAACGCCGCCAAGUUCAUGCUUUCCCGCUUCACACCAGUGUUGUUGUUGGUAGCCUCUUAUAACCUCGUCGAGGAUGUCAUCGAGGACUUCAAGAAGGGCCAAGUUGGCGCGCUCUUGGUUGAUCUGACAGCACUUGGCGUCAAUCUGGCAGCGGCUGUGGCACUGUUCUGGGGCACCAGUUGGAGUGGACCAUUCGCUCUUGUUGCCAGUGGCGUCGUCGUUGUCCUGGCUUUGAUCAAGUUCAUUUUCUACUCUGCAUCUCCACAGGAACAGUUCUUCAGCUCCUAUGUUAACUCAAAGUACAAGAAAGCUAUGCCAAUCAUUGGUGGAAUGGGUGGCUAA